AGUCACAUCAUCUUAUUUAAAUCGCAUCAUCUCUUUACCACAUCACUUUAAACCCAAUUCAUAUUUCAUAAAAAGUCAAAAAGUGCACGUAUUUAGAAUAUCCCAAAUAACCCCUUAGUCGAGGUGUGCAUAACCUGGCCUGGACACUUGGAUAUAAAAAAAAAAAGUUUAAAUCACUUUAUUUCUCAUGCACACUCUUUUCUUUUAUAGAUAAAUUGCCUGGUCCAUUAAUUCAUCAGGUGCACCUAACAAAUCAACAUGUGAAUUUGACUUACCAGCUAAUUUUAGUUUUAAGAAGAUGAAACACUAAUAUUGACAGUAGUGAACUAAAAACAAUUUGAGAGGAAAGUACUAAUCUUGCAGGUUUUGAUUGGAUGUGAUGGAGCAAAUUCGGUGGUAGCUGACUUCCUCGAGUUAAAAGCCCCAAAAGCAUUUCCCCUGUCUGCUGUGAGAGGUUUGACGAAGUAUCCAAGUGGUCAUGCAUUUGCCCAUGAAUUUGUCCGAAUGAGAAGGAACAACAUUAUGGUAGGAAGAGUUCCAAUUGAUGAUAAGUCAGUCAACUGGAUGGUGGGUCAACAAUCCACUCCUAAAGAUGCCAGGACUUUACAAAAUCCAGACCUUAUUAUACAGUCAACCCUACCCUUAAUCUAUGGUUUCCCACCUGAAAUUCAACAAAUGAUCGAAGACAGUGACGUAGAAUCAUUGUCUCUCACGCACGUGAGAUAUCGUGCUCCAUGGGACUUGCUAUUGGGAAAAUUUCGAAAAGGAACAGUAACAGUAGCUGGGGAUGCAAUGCAUGUUAUGGGUCCAUUCCUUGGACAAGGUGGUUCGGCAGGUUUGGAAGAUGCUAUUGUUCUCGCUAGAUGUUUGUAUCAGAAACUUAGUGAAGUCCGUCAAAUCCAAAGCCGAAGUCAGAUGAUGAUGCAUAAAGUUGCAGAAGCAAUGGAUCAGUAUGUGAAAGAGCGGAGGAUGAGGGUGGUGCGAUUGUCGAUGCAAACUUAUCUCACUGGUUUGCUAGUGGGACCUUCAUCAAUGUUGGUGAAAUUGGCUAGUAUUGUUUUGAUGGUUAUUUUCUUUCGUAACCAAAAUGAUCAUACUACGUAUGAUUGUGGUCUCUUGUGAUGUAGAAACUGUGCUAUAUAAGUUGUUUUUGUUGUUGUUUCUAUUGCUGUUACUCUACUACAGUCCUUAUUUAUGUAUGUAUUGUGAAAUCAUUGUUCUACAUUUAAUUAAGUAUUUCUGCAAA